AUGCCUCCAGUCAAUCUAGCAACGUUUUCAGCCGAUCCUUUACCUUGGGUCUGGGUACCAGGCUGGAUUUUAACCGUCGUAGCAGUUUCAGGAAAUACGCUUGUGAUUUAUCUCAUCGCCACCAACCGGCGUCUCCAAACACAAGUAAAUCUUUUUAUCAUGUCCCUGGCUAUUGCUGAUUUUUGCUUUGGUUUAACUUAUUUCCCAACAUUUUUCACUUGCGAAUUCUACCUGCCAUGUGAUCGAGAACUCCGACAGAUCUUCGCUGCUUACUUCGCUUUCGCUUCGUUGACGAACUUGUGUGUCAUGACUGUUGACCGUUAUGUUGCCAUAGUGAUGCCCUUCAAGUAUGUUCCUAUCAUGACGUCACGACGCAUCGUUGCUAUGGUGGUCCUCGGCUGGCUUUUUCCCGCAGUGCUCUAUUUUCUUAUCGCUGUCAUUGUCAAACAGCUUGCUUCUGAAGAUAUAUUCAUUACUUUUAAAAUUUCAAGGGUGUUCGUGUUUCCGCUACUGCCGUGUAUAUUCCUGCUUCUUGCCACUAUAAAAAUGUUUUACAUCGCGUAUAAACACACCAAAAUGAUGGCGGCCCUUGCCCUUCAGUUACAGUUUAAUCAUCCGAUGACUCUCAAGAAACGUAAACAAGGAGUAGAAAUUUCCUCUGCGAGAUUUAUGAUGGUCGUGGUAUUUGUUAAUGUGAUCUGUUACGCCACAGACUCUUUCUUAGAUCUUCGAACAUAUUUGAGUACUUUCCAGAAAACUAUGCACACUGAAUAUGCUCUUUGCCUUCUGUUUAUCACCAACUCAGCCGUUAACCCACUUGCCUAUGCGCUGUUAAAACACGACAUCAAGAAAGAAGUCAAAAGAUUGUUUUCUGUUAAGUGA